GUUGUGAGCGAAAUUUACAAAGUAGAGAUCCUCGUUUGCAAGCUGUGCAUAUACGUCGUUGAGAUCUUCUUCGCCAAAGCGGUGUUAUCAACCUAUCCCAAAAACGCGCGUUUAAUCUCGAGUGAAAGCUUACAAGGAUGGCGCAGGCACUGAGCAACUCCACGAUGUGCUCUAUUCACUCAGUGAGCAGACGAGAGGCUUACAGGCAGCAAACGGCGCUGCCCAGCCUGGCUCACUGCGCUAUUCGUCGCAAUAGCAGGCGCAGCUCCACGUCUCCCCAGGCGCUGUCUGUGGGGGGUGUCGCAGACGAUUUUGGGCUCACGUCCGGCUCUUCUGCCGUCAACAUACUAUUACAGGCCGCCACUUUCGCAGCCAUCGGGGUGGCUGCAUGGUUUACCGCCCGCCUGGUUGACCAGGCACCUGAGCAGAGGGAAGAUGAAACUGGCGAGUGCCCCAGGUGCAGCGGCUCCGGGUUUGAGGAGUGCAUAUGCACGAGGUGGAGUGACAAUGAUGCGGGCUGCGCAACCUGCAAUGGCUCUUCCAGGAUGGCAUGCAGAAGCUGUGGAGGUGGAGGCACAGCAGUGCCUGCAACAGCAAAGAUCGUUGCCCGAAGGGGCAGCAAUUACAUUGGGAGAUAGAACUAUGGAGAGCGCAAUGUAGCUAGCUGACACUGUACGAGAGUGUGUGAGAGGAUCACAAAACGGUGGAUAUGCUUGUUCCUGUGGAGAGAUGUUGGGAGAGGAGCAUUCUGUGCUAUAUGGUGAUUCUUUUAGGUAGGCAAGACAAACGCAUGUCAUAAUGGUAGGCAAGUGCUAGAAGAGGGAUGUCUGCAGACUGUAUCAUAUCAAAUAAAGCUCUGUACAUUCUACUUUGAGGGGAUGGUGUGAUGCUUGGCAGUAACAGCCGGGGUGAGAAGUGGUCAAAGCCAUCAAGCAGUGUGUGGCAUUUAAUCAUUCUUUCUCACAGUUGUCCUCCAGCCAAAUUAGUGUGGCUAUCUCGCAUGAUAACCGAAAAUCUCUCAGAAUGAAGCUGCUGCUGGAAGGGUGUCUUAGGACGAGGUUGUGUCAUGCCUGCGCAAAUGCGCAGUUUUAUACAAUGCACGACCUGCUGUCUUGGGGUCGUUUGAUUGCAGUGACUCUGAUUUGCUGUGGGUGGAGAAGCAGUGUUACAUGAUACAGAAAAUGAUAUGCCUGCUCUUGAGCAGUACUGGUGUUUUGCAGAAGAUGUCGCGGCUGGUUGAUUGGAUUGUUUGAUUGCUUGCUCUGGUGCCUUGUUGGCUCGCGAUUGGAAGUGUGCACUUGAAGGUGCUGUCUUGUAAUUGCCACGCAAGUC